GUCACCGACGGGGUUGCCUCGCCCGAGGAGAGCCAUUCAGGCGCCAGCGACAACGGCGCUCCACGACACGCUAUAGUGCGUCUCCUCAGCUAUCGUCGCCAGUCGCGCAGGGUAUACGUCAACGGAGGGCUUCCUCGGCCGCGCGACCCUCCACCACGAAACCGACUUGCCUGAGCCCAUCUCCGAACGGACGCAGUCACCUGGCCGUAUCCCCCUCGGCUUUCAACCGAUUGCGACGCGACAAUUACGGUAACAGCGUCGGCGCUUCGAUCCCUUCAGGCUGCGGCGGUGUUGCGACCGGUCCCCACCUGGUGGCCCCCUUGCCCGGCCGCAGAAGCUCACACCAUGGGUCUCACGUCGAUAGUCGAGCCCCCAAAGUCCGAGGGGGCCCGCGAGGCAGAGCGCGUCUCCUCCUCGGUCGCCAAUGGCGUCGCGAUGAACGGGUCCGAUUCAGUUGCCAUGGAGCCACCGCGGGACGCAGAGGAGCGGCAGCUCGUCGAGUCCAUGGCUCGCGACUACCGGUCCCUUCUCGAGAAGGUGGGCGAGAACCCCGACCGCCAGGGGCUGCGCCGGACACCCGAGCGGGCCGCCAAGGCCAUGCUCGCGUUCACCGCCGGUUACAGCCAGGACGUCCGAGAUGUAGUCAACGAUGCCGUGUUCCUGGAGGACCACGACGAAAUGGUCAUCGUCAAAGACAUCGAGAUGUUUUCGCUAUGCGAGCACCACUUAGUGCCCUUCAUCGGAAAGGUGUCCAUCGGGUACCUGCCCAACAAAAAAGUGCUGGGCCUCAGCAAGCUGGCCAGGAUUGUGGAAGUGUUCAGCAGGAGGCUCCAAGUGCAAGAGCGGCUAACCAAACAAAUUGCAAUGGCAGUAACGGAAGCAGUCGGUCCCACCGGUGUGGGAGUGGUGAUACAAGCAACGCACAUGUGCAUGGUGAUGCGUGGCGUGCAGAAAGUGUCGAGCAAGACCAUCACGAGCUGCAUGCUGGGCGUGUUCCGGGAGGACCCCAAGACGCGCGAGGAGUUCCUCAAGCUCGUGCUAGGAGGCCAGUGAAUGCGAGACCAAGUCAACGGGUGGCGGGAGGGCCCGAGGUCACCACCCCGAGUGAAGAAAAAUGUGUUUUUGGCUUUUAUUGUCGUGACGCCGUGUGGCGGGCCCGUCGUACCCAUAGACGGGCUCCACAAAAAAAAAAUGAAAAAAAAAAAAAAUAAAA